GUUGACACUCCCAAAGCUUUAGCAAAUUCUCAACAAUGGCAGACGAUGACUAUAAUGACAUGGACAUGGGAUAUGAGGAUGAGCCACCGGAGCCUGAGAUUGAAGAAGGAGCGGAGGAGGAUGUAGAAAACAAUAACAACGAUGAUGUUCCAAUUGACCCUAUUGAAUCCGAAGAUAAAGACGACCGUGAUGAUAAUGACAAAGUUAAUCGUAAAACAUCAAAGUACAUGACCAAAUAUGAGCGUGCUAGAAUAUUGGGUACUCGUGCUCUGCAAAUCAGUAUGAAUGCUCCAGUUAUGGUUGAGCUGGAGGGUGAAUCUGACCCACUUGAGAUUGCCAUGAAAGAGCUUCGGGAGCGGAAAAUCCCCUUCACCAUUCGUCGGUACUUGCCUGGUGGAAGUUAUGAAGAUUGGGGCGUUGAUGAGUUGAUUGUGGAAGACUCGUGGAAGAGACAAGUUGGAGGCAAUUGAUUAUUACUUGUUAUGUGAGGAACAUUCUUUUCA